ACACAGGAACUACUUCCGGUAUUACCAAAAAGAUGCUGCGGUCACUCAGAAAACUCCACACAUUAGCUGUGGGCCAAUUGAGGACCCUGCACAGAUCAGUACCUGCAUGUGGUUCCGGUCCACUUCCUGUGCACCGCGACUCUCCAGAAAAUAACCCUGACACACCGUUUGAAUUCUCAGCAGAAAAUAAAAAGAGAGCAGAGUUGAUUAUAAACAACUAUCCUGAAGGACAUCAAGCAGCAGCAGUCAUUCCGAUCCUUGACAUAGCCCAACGACAACAUGGUUGGCUACCAAUAUCUGCUAUGCAUAAAGUUGCUGAUAUGCUGCAAAUGCCGAAGAUGAGAGUUUAUGAAGUAGCAACGUUUUACACAAUGUUUAAUAGAGAGCCUGUAGGUAAAAACUUUGUACAGAUAUGUACGACAACACCAUGUAUGCUUGGUGGGGUGGGAUCUGAUGUCAUUCUUCAAGCCAUCAAAGAUAACUUAGGAAUUAAUGUUGGAGAAACAACAGCUGAUGGACAGUUUACCCUUAUAGAAGUAGAAUGUCUGGGAGCUUGUGUGAAUGCCCCCAUGGUCCAAAUCAAUGACAACUAUUAUGAGGAUUUAACAGUAGAAGACAUUAAGAGAAUAUUAAAUGAAAUUAAAGCUGGUAAAUCACCGAAGCCUGGACCUCAGAGUGGCCAGAAUGGACGUUUCGCCUCAGAGCCUAAAAGUGGCCUCACUUCCCUCACAGAGCCUCCAACAGGGCCAGGAUUUGGUGUGAGAUCAGAUCUGUAAUUUGUGGCACAUAUAAACAUAAGAAACAAAGUCAGGACUUUACUGGGAGACAAAGUCUCCCACAAAUGUAGAAUGUUUUAUUGACGUGUUACAUUUUGUAUAUAUUUAAGUUUAAGGAAAAUUUCCUUGAAUAAAACUAGUAUGAAUUUA